UCAGGAUUUUUCACAAGUUGUCCGAUAAGAUUUAAAGUAAAAAAUGCACCAAAGUUAUACAGUUUUUGACAUUGAAUGGGGUCACAGUUAUGUGUGAGUACAUGUGAGUGUGAAUGUUUAUUUUGGUGUUUUUUUGUUUUCUUUUAUAGUAGUUCCCCCAUUCGAAAUGGCCCUUCCUGCAGCAAUUGCCUUAUCCGGCUUGAAUCAAGAUCAUUUUUUGGAUGGUCUAAACGACGUCUUUGACUAUGGAGCAGUCCUCCUCAAAAGCCCCAGCUUGUCCUCAAUUGCCUCCUCCACCGACUCGCAGGAAAGUGGCAUUUCCUCAAUGUCGAGCGGUACUUCCGUCAUACAAAAUCUGGCACCCUACUUCAAUAUGCUCUUCAACACGUCACAAAUCGAAAUAAAGAGCACGGAUCCGGAGCCGGUGGAAAAACCCCAAAUUAUCUAUCAAAACCGGGAUAUUCUCAAUCUGGGAUCGAAUAUCGCAUGGAAGUGGGAUUGCAAAAGUGCAGUUCUACAAAACGAACCAAGUUAUUUUUUUGAGAACAGAUCUCAAUAUUCUCGAGUAUUAGGUGCUAACAUACCAGAUCAUGUUACGUCCACUUGCCCCGUAGAGGGUUGUUCCUACAAGGAACCCCACUAUUUCUAAAUGACAAUUUAUUGGUAGUCUUACCCAAACAUGUUUCAUUUAAAAGUUUGGCGAAACGUUCAGUAUUUUAGCUUUCACACUUUUUUACGUUUGUACUUAAUUGCCUAGAUUUAAUCUCAUUUUAGUGCCAACUUAUUAGAAACAAGUUGAGUUAUACUAUCACAGUGAUAUUUUUUUUCAAAUUACCAGACCGAGAUCAAAAAUUUGGUUGUGAAUUUUAUAUUGUUGUAAUUUUGUGAUUUUUGGUAGUUGGUAAGACUGAAUAUGUGAUUUUUUGACAAUAUAAUAAAUAGCUAUUUAGUUAA